CACGAAAUUCCUACUUUGGGCCACCUUGAUACUGGCCUUUAAUGUCUUAUACUUGGGAUUCUGACUACACGUUUGAACCUUUUAAAUCAAUGUUAGUUAUCUCUCGAUUGGCUGCAAUAUCGCGUACUUGCCCGCAAUUGAAGAAACAUGACUGUACACGAUGAUAAUCACACGUUUGUUGGUGAUAGAGAGGUGACAGAAGCCACUCCCUUAGUGAAUACAGAACAACGUACCGCAAUUCCACCAGUCGAAGGUUACCAACGUCGGGUUAUCCUUGUGUCGUUCGCCCUUCUUUUCUUUACAGGUUUCGGUGCGAGCCUUCUGGGUCCCGGAAUAACCGUCGUGUUGGAACAAAAGAUAUGCCACGAGAUCCACGCCGGACUGGAGGCUGUGGACAUGGACUGCAAGGCUCCCGCGGUCCAAGGCAAGCUUGCUUCUAUUAGAGGGUGGGAGACAACGAUGGAAUGCCUACCAGGCCUCGUAGCAACAGUGCCCUAUGGGAUAUUAUCAGAUAAAUGGGGCAGACAUCGCGUCAAUACUCUGGCGUUCAUUGGAUUUGAUCUCAGCAUGGCCUUUUAUUUCGUGGUUCUCUACUUUGAUGCGAUCCCUGUAGAAGCAUUGCUGGCAGCACCGAUGCCAAUGUUGCUCGGUGGUGGCGUCACGGUCAUAUCGGCCAUGGUAUAUACCUCUAUAGCCGAUAUAUUUCCUGCCAGCGCGAGGGCUCGCAUCUUCUUACAACUCUCAGCACUGCUUAUAUUUUCGGAUUUGGCUUCUAGUCCCCUUGCUGGCCUUAUUCUGAUGCGAAGUACAUGGUGCUUAAUGUUUCUGGCAUUUGGGCUCUUCAUUAUUGCCACAGUCACCUCACUCUUCCUCCCCGACACGCUGAAAUUGGCUGAGAGGAAACACGACCAGCACGAAAUUCUCCAUGAUGGAGGUGGAACUGAACCACAAGACCAUCACAACUCGUCUCCAAUCAGAGAGUCAAUUCUGAGAGCUCGCAAAAGCGUGCGGGACAUACACUCAUUUCUGAGUGGACAUCGACAAGUGAUUAUCCUUACCCUCUGCUUCGUAUUCGUGGCUCUCGCCAGACUCGUCCAAGAGAUGCUCUUGCAAUACACAACAAAAAGGUAUAACUGGAGCUGGAGCAAAGCAUCGUUUCUUCUGACCACUCGGAGUGCGGUCAGUCUCGUGGCGCUGGUAGUUAUCUUGCCAGCCCUAAAUCACUUGCUGAUGACCAGAGCCAAGAUGUCUGUGGUGCAAAAAGAUGUCUGGAUUAGCUGCAUAACAGGGCUCGCGGGCAUCAUUGGUGCGCUGACGAUUGCCUUUGCUUCCAACGUGCCAGUUCUGAUUAUUGGAUUAUCAGUAUUUGCAAUCAACGUGGGCAUGACGGCCGUAAUCCGUAGCCUGCUCAGCAGCAUGGUGGAGUCGCGUCAUAUGGGUACUCUCAACUCCCUCAUUGGAGUAUUGGAAAUGGUGGGACUCAUGGUAGCCGCCCCAGCAUUGUUUGGGAGUCUUCGUUUAGGCUUUGAGAUUGGUGGAAACUGGAUUGGACUGCCGUUCAUGCUCGCCGCCGCCAUGAUUUCGGUGUCUACAGCGAUUGUUUGGUUCUUGCCGAUCGGAGAGAAGGAGAGACCCGCGAGCUCCUCGCACGAGGAUGCGGUUUGAUAGGACACCGAUGAUAUAUGCAUCUUUCCAAACAUGUACUCGUUCUGCUCCCUCCUCAUCUAUAUAGAUCACAUAGUAAACACUCAGCUUAUUCUGGCUGUUUCAUGACUGCC